AAACGCGCACAGCUGAUAAAGCUUAGGGAGACGAGGUGACGUCACCUGGGAAGCCGUUGGUUUCCAGCCUGCCUGCUGUUACUCACGGACCGAGCUCGGAAGUUGUCCCGCUGUCGACACCUCCUUUUUUCUAUGAAUUUUUAUUUUACAACCGUCUCUUCCAGGUUGCUAGGAUUUCUUUUUGCCUGAAUAUCAACAGCGACAACAUGUCUUUCAUCCCAGGACAGCCGGUGACUGCUGUUGUGCAACGAAUCGAGAUCAAGAAGUUGCAUCAGAAAGAUAAUCUGAUCCUGGGCUUCAGUAUCGGUGGAGGGAUUGACCAGGACCCUGGACAAAACCCGUUCUCUGAGGACAAGACUGACAAGGGCAUCUAUGUGACCAGGAUAACACCAGGAGGACCAGCACAUGAUGCAGGCUUGAUGAUGGGAGACAAAAUAAUGCAGGUGAACGGCUGGGAUAUGACCAUGGUGACCCACGACCAGGCUCGUAAAAGACUAACAAAGAAGAAAGAGGACGUGGUGCGGCUACUGGUAACCAGGAAGUCACUCGAGCACGCUGUCAAACAAUCCAUGGGCAGUUCUCCCGGACUGAAACAUAGUGGUGCUACCUAUAACCACAAUCUAAUGCAAUAGCCAAGGACUGAACACUCUCAUAUACUGAGUCUCCCAGAUGAUGGUGGCCUUUAUAACUACGUCACUACAAAAAUAUUACACAGACAACAUCAGAUAAUUGAAUAUUUAGGUGACAUUAAGUUUCAGCACAAGUCCAUUCUUACUCAUCCUGAUCAGGACGAUGAAAGAGCGCUCUUUCUUUCCAUACACAUUCAUCUCAGAGUUAGCUGCUUUUCUUUUUUCAUACAUCUUUGUAGCAUAUCCACACGCACCUCCUGAAACAUGUAGCAAUCCAAAGUUUUUCAGCUCUACAGGGCUCUGAAACAUUUAAUUGAAUCACUGUGAGAAUACAAUAAAGAUAUUUGAUUUAUUUGAUCCACUUUUGGCAUCAAGUUCCAAAGUUCAAAAACUCACUUCAUCCAUUUUAACUGAACAUUUUUGCUGUUGAGGGCUCUAAAAGGAAAGAUGUAUGAAACUGCCAAUAUCCACAAUAACUACUGUUUGCUUGUUUAGAUUUUUAUACAAUACUGAGCUGAAAGUCGAAGAGUUUUUGGACCUUUUAUGAAACGGUGCUUGCACAUCUCUCUACAUGGGCUUUAAAUUGAGUAUAGCAAAGCAUUCUUGAUUCAUUCCCACCAUAUAUGCCAAAUAUCCUCAAUCCAUGCAUGAGAUCUUUGGGAACAAUCGUAGUCUUUCUUGAUGCAAAGUUUAGGACAUUUUGGUCAAUAACAUCUUUGAUCGUUUUUGCCUUCAGCUGACCAAUAUUUGCCUUGAUGGUUUGGACACAUCAAGAAAGUUCCUCGCUGUUUUGUCAUUAACGAUCAGCGUUUCAUCUCAUUUAAAUAAAAAAACAAACGAAACAAUGUUUUGCUGUCAUUCCUGUAAAGAAUACAGCAUCAAAUGCCAAAGUAAAAGCCAAGGCACUGUAAAGUGAUCCAAGUACAUAAAGCAGUGUUUGUAAAGUUAUUUUUUAUAAUGGUACAGUGUACUGUACAAAGUCUCUGCAACAAUCCAUAUACCUGUAUGCUCAGUGUUCUAAUGCAUACUAAUGUGUUUUUCACUUUUUGAUGCAUUUCUUUGUUCUAUUUAUCUUGUUUCUAUAUUUUGUUUUUUUUAUGUCUAUUACUUGUGUGGGAAAGUAACAUAUUCUUUCUUUCUGUGUCUCCAUAACAUUUUCUUUCAAGUCACACUUAAUUAUGUCUGUUAUGUCACAAGCUGGACCUGCUUUUGGAUAACGCCUUUCAGGUUCAGCAAGAGUAAGUUGGUAAUGUGCUCCACUAGUGUCACACUGGAAUCAGCAAACAUUCAGAUUGUCUCAACCUGUAAAAUGUUUUAAAGUUGUUCAUUGUCGGCGACCAAAAGUCCAAACUGAGUGAAUGUUGUUUGAGAACUGGGAAUGUGCAGAGCGGCCUUAAAAUGAAUCCUUAAAUACCACUAAGUUCAAUGAUUUGUGUCUAUUUUCUAUUCCACUAUGGCCUCUGCAGCACAACACUGAUACACUGCCUCUGACACACUACAUACUGUAUAACAUAUGAGUGAUUUAGUACUAACCAUAAACAAUAUUUUGGCUUUGAAAUGUUAAAGUAAUGAACUUACAAUACUAAUCUUAUAUCUUUGGGUGAUCUUAUUGGCUCUUUUUUUGUUAUGAUAGUGGUAUAUGUAAUAUGUUUUGUAUCUGUUCAAUGAAAACCAUUUGAUUUGUAUGAUAUUAACGUCUAAUCUCUAACAAUCAAGUGUGUAAAAUCUAAGUUUUUAUUCCAAAAUGAAAUAAAAAAAUUGUUUUAUCAGUUUUAUUGCUAAUAAUAGUAGGAGGAGGAGUCAUAAUUAUGCUGACAGAGCAAUAAGUGGAUAUUAAAGGUACAAUCUAAACGAUGUCUCAUGUAUAUGAAGGACUCAGAAGUCUUGUUUUGAGUCAAUUAACAGUUUUUCAAUACAUAAUAUUUUGGAAUGAAACCUUUUGAUACUUUACAGCACUGGUUCCCAACCUUUUUGUGUUCUGGGCCCUUAAAAUGAAGCCAUACCUACAUGUGACACAAAUUACAGCUUUAGUGUCGGCAAAACUUAUGAACAGUUUAAUCCAAGAGUUUGUUGUUUUUUUGUCUUAGAUCAAUUAUUUUUAGAGGCAUAACAAGGUGAAAGUUAACUUGACCUACUUUCAAGUUGCAUGGAGAAGGGAAUGAGGUCAAAACUCCAGCAACACUUGUAGUAUAUAGUGAACAACUUUAUUAUCAGACCAGUGAAUUAUUAAAGGCCACAAGUGGAAAUCCAUUCGUCUGAGUUUUGACCUCUUCAUAAAAGCCAGAACAAACAUGAUCCUGUUUUCACAGAAAUAUAUAGGACCCAAAGGGGUUUGGGGACCACUGCUUUACGGGAUUUCAAUACAGUGCUACAUGUAGAAAUGAGUGUAAUGUAAGGCAAAUCACUUUUUUCAGUAUUUUCUAUGUGAAUCGUUUUUCAACCUCCAGAUUUUGUACAUGUAAACUUUCAGCCGAACACAAAAGUUUUGCAUUUGAUUGUACACUGAUUACUAUAUGAAUGUUUCUCAGAUAUAAAAAGACUGAAACUGCC